CACUGGGCCCGGCCGGAAGCGGAAGUUGCUAAGGGGUGGAGGGGAGUUGCCGGAGGAGUGUCUGGUUACGAUCCUGCUCUAGUCGGAGUUCCAGCCGCCGCCGCCGGAGCAGGUAAAGCGAGGUUCGGCGAGCGCGCGCGGCCCGAGGGGCGUGGUCCGCGGUCCGGGGGAUCCGGCCCGGCCUUUCCGGCUUCCCUGUGUCCCUGCAGACCCCCGCCAUGGGCAACACGAGCAGCGAGCGCGCCGCGCUGGAGCGGCAAGCCGGCCACAAGACGCCGCGGAGGGACUCGGGGGGCGCCAAGGAUGGGGACAGGCCCAAGAUCCUGAUGGACAGCCCCGAAGACGCCGACAUCUUCCACUCCGAGGAAAUCAAGGCUCCCGAGAAGGAAGAAUUCCUAGCCUGGCAGCACGACCUCGAGGUGAAUGACAAAGCCCCCGCCCAGGCCCGGCCCACCGUGUUCCGAUGGACAGGGGGUGGGAAGGAGGUCUACUUGUCUGGGUCCUUCAACAACUGGAGCAAGCUUCCCCUGACGAGAAGCCAGAAUAACUUUGUGGCCAUCCUGGACCUGCCUGAAGGAGAGCAUCAGUACAAGUUCUUUGUGGACGGUCAGUGGACCCACGAUCCUUCCGAGCCAAUAGUAACCAGCCAGCUUGGCACAGUUAACAACAUCAUUCAAGUGAAGAAAACUGACUUUGAAGUAUUUGAUGCUUUAAUGGUGGAUUCCCAAAAGUGCUCCGAUGUGUCUGAGCUGUCCAGCUCCCCGCCAGGACCCUACCACCAGGAGCCUUACAUCUCUAAGCCGGAAGAGAAGUUCAAAGCCCCACCCAUCCUCCCGCCACACCUGCUGCAGGUCAUCUUGAAUAAGGACACGGGCAUCUCUUGUGACCCAGCACUGCUUCCAGAGCCCAACCACGUCAUGCUGAACCACCUCUACGCGCUCUCCAUCAAGGAUGGAGUGAUGGUGCUCAGCGCAACCCACCGGUACAAGAAGAAAUAUGUGACCACCCUCCUCUACAAGCCUAUAUGAGGAGAGGAGGGCCAGCAUGGCCACGGGGGACAGCAGGCGGCUGGGCUCUCCACGUGCAUGCGCAUCCUCACCCGCCCUAGUCCUCCUUGACGUCUGUCCAGGCACAGCCAGACAUAGGGAUGGAUGGGAUGGCUGCCUGCAGCCCCAGCCCCACAGCACAUGAGGCUUUGUGCUCUAAGCAUCAUCCCCUCCACUGGCCAGAGAUGUCUACGGCCAGAUCUGGACCCAAGGAGCAGGGACCGAAGUCACACGAGUCCUCAUUGUCUGCAUCUGUGAGGCCGCUGGCCUGUCCCUGCUGCAGCCUGGCUGGGGAAGAAAGCAGUGUCCAUCUUGCCUGUCCUAAAUCAAAGCAGUAGAUUGUAGAUCCUGUGGAAAUUCAAUGUCUGAUUUCCGGAAGCAGCCUUGCAAUCGUUUCCGACACUGUGUGCACUAAGACCUUUUUAACCAGAGUGGCUGGCUGUCCACUCCUACUUAAGGCAAUAAGUCACCAGGAUGAGACUAUAGAUCAUGUGACCACUACACUCAGCAAUAAUUGUUCUCAAAACAGACUUCAAAGCCCACUGCCAUUUCCCCGUUAACUGGAUGAUCCUGAGAACUGACCACCGUGGAAGGCUGUCACGUUACCAUGACAACCUGGUCGAAGCUCCUACCCUCCAUUUAGUUCCAGCAUGUGCUCCUCAGCUGGGGACUGGGUCUCUAGUGAGCAGAGUAUCACGGUGGUUGCUGUUGCCUGUUCUAAAAGAGCUUGGAACCUUACAGCCACUGCUAGGUUUCCAGCAGGGCUAGCAGAAAUGAACCUAUCCUAUACUCCAUCGGGUUUCCGUGGUGGUGUCACAGAUGUGCCCAUUGGUACAGGUUCCUGCCACCCAUCAGCAGAGGCAGGCACAAGCUCUGUGGUGUCCAGUACUUGGUUAAACCUGAGUUUUGGGUACCUUUUUGUUACUGUUUUCAAAACACUGACUUGCUGUCAUCUCAAUAUACAAGUUUCAAUAAAGCUUUGUAAAAAUAA